AUGUUUAAAUCAUCAACUAUGUUUGCUGUUUUUGCCAUUAUUCUUUGUGCUGCCGUUGUUUCCAAUGCUGCUAUUACAAGUGUAGUACAAGAAGGAAAGAAACUUACAAUUAAUUAUUCACCAAUGACAAUGAUUUGGUUUGAUAAUCAAUUAGUUAAUAAUGGAUUAAAAACUAAUAUCAAGACAUACUGCAAGGCAUUGUAUGGAUGGUCACCUUUAAUUUGUACUUUACCAAUCGUCCCAACAUGUGAUGGUAUACGUCUCUAUGGUUCUGCUGGUAUUGGUGCCACCAACCUUGAAAUGUUAUCUACUUUUAAUUGUACUGUAGUUGCUUAA